AUGUCUUUUCAGAUUCCUGAUGUUGUUAAAGGUGCCGUGGAUGUCGAUCCCUGGUUAGAACCAUUUGCCAACGAAUUGGCUAAUAGACGAUACAAUUCUCUAAACUGGAUUAAAACAUUUGAUGAAAAUGAAAAUGGUUUGCUAAAUUUUGCUUCUUCUUACAAGCAUUAUGGAUUGCAACCUAACCCACAAGAUCUUUCAAUCACCUACAAAGAAUGGGCUCCCAAUGCUGUGAAGGCUGCAAUCAUUGGCGAUUUCAACAAUUGGGAUGAAAAUUCAAAUGUGAUGCAAAAAGAUGACUAUGGAAACUUCAAUAUAACCCUAUAUCCUUCACCUAACAAUCCAAAUGAUUACUUAAUUCCUCAUGACUCAGAAAUUAAAAUCAGAUUAUGGUUAUCCAACGGUGAAAAACUCGAUAGAUUACCUGCCUGGAUCACCAGAGCGACUCAACCGGCUAUCGAUCUUUCUAAGGUCAUUGAUAAAUCCAAAGUCGAUUCAAGCUAUAAAGCAAGAUUCUGGAAUCCCAAGAGUCCUUAUGUUUUCAAACAUCCAAGACCAAAAUUAGAAUCAAAUGAUGGCUUGAAAAUCUACGAAUGUCACAUUGGUAUCUCGACUCCUGAUCCUGUUGUUGGUACUUAUAAACAAUUUACUCAAAACAUUUUACCUAAAAUCAAAGAUCUAGGCUACAAUACCAUUCAAUUGAUGGCAAUCAUGGAACAUGCUUACUAUGCUUCUUUUGGUUAUCAAGUUACUAAUUUCUUUGCUAUUUCUUCAAGGUUUGGUACUCCAGAAGAUUUGAAAGAAUUAAUUGACACUGCUCACUCUUUGGGUAUUGUUGUGUUAUUGGACAUUGUUCACUCUCAUACAUCCAAAAAUGUUCUCGAUGGUUUAAAUAACUUUGAUGGAACUGACUACCAAUACUUUCACUCGGGUGGUAAAGGUAACCAUGAUUUGUGGGAUUCAAAGUUAUUCAAUUACGGCAAAUAUGAAGUUCUAAGAUUCUUGCUAUCAAAUUUAAAAUUUUAUUUGGACGUUUAUAAAUUUGAUGGUUUUAGAUUCGAUGGUGUGACUAGUAUGCUAUAUUUGCAUCAUGGUAUCGGUGCAGGUGGUGCAUUCAGUGGUAAUUAUAAUGAGUAUUUGAAUGAAAACGCCCAAGUUGAUAAAGAAGCCAUAACUUAUUUAAUGCUAGCCAAUCAAUUAGUUCACCAAUGUGGUCGACUUGAAGACAGAAAUUUCAUAACAAUUGCUGAAGAUGUGUCUGGCUAUCCAACUUUGUGUUUAUCCGCUGAUAAAGGUGGUGUUGAUUUUGAUUACAGACUAUCAAUGGCCAUUCCAGAUAUGUGGAUCAAAAUCUUGAAACAUUUAAGUGACAGUGACUGGAACAUGGGAAACAUUAUCCACACCUUAACCAAUAGAAGAUAUGGAGAAAAUUGCAUAGCUUAUUGUGAAAGUCAUGACCAAGCUUUAGUCGGCGAUAAAACCAUUGCAUUUUGGCUAAUGGAUGCUGCUAUGUACACUGAUAUGACUAUUUUGAAACCUUUGUCUCCAAUCAUUGAUCGGGGAAUGUCUUUGCACAAAUUGAUCAGACUAUUGACCCAUGCUUUGGGUGGUGAAGGGUACUUGAAUUUCGAAGGGAAUGAAUUUGGACAUCCUGAAUGGUUAGAUUUCCCCAGAGAAGGCAACAACGACUCAUACCACUAUGCCAGAAGACAGUUUAAUUUGAUCAGUGAUGAUCUAUUGCGCUACAAGCAGCUUUACAACUUUGACAGGGCAAUGCAACACCUCGAAGCCAAAUAUCAUUGGUUGAAGGCGCCCCAAGCAUAUGUUUCGUUGAAACACGAGGUGGACAAAGUGAUUGUUUUUGAACGAGCCAACUUGUUGUUCAUAUUCAAUUUCCACCCAACCAUCAGCUUUACCGACUACAGAGUAGGGGUUGAAAAAGGUGGAGUGUACAAGGUGGUGUUGAACUCAGACAGAAAAGAAGAGUUUGGUGGACACGACAGAAUCGACGAGGCGGCAAGCAGAUACUUCACCACAGACCUCAGAUGGAACAACAGAUCCAACUACAUCCAGGUGUACAUCCCCAACAGAACAGUGUUGGUGCUUGCGUUGGAAGAGUGA